UGUUGAGCAAGGAAGUGGUUCACUUCAAUCUGUCAGAAUAUUGCCCCGCUUUGGUUUUCUUCCUUUUUUUUGACAUAAACUUUGUUGCCCAGAUCUGUGCCUUAAGCAGCUGAGACAUUUGGAUAAUUCUGAUCCCUCUUGCCAACACUGAUCCUGCAAACCUCACUGUGUGGAACCAUCGUUCGAAGGAAAAAAAUAUGACUACAUUGGCUCCAGAUUAUUAUAAUCUUGGCCCUGAGGAUGAUGCUGAUAUCGAGCUGUGCAACCUGGAUGUAAACCCUUUUGAAGUCAUCAUCCAAACCUACAUGCACUCCCUCAUCUGUGCCUUCGGUUUGGUCGGUAACAUCCUCGUGGUGGCCACUUACAUCUUCUACAAGAGAACUAAGACAAUGACGGACGUCUACCUUAUCAACGUAGCGGUGGCUGACCUGACCUUUGUGUUGGCUCUGCCUUUUAUCAUAUAUAAUGAGCAGCACAGCUGGCCUAUGGGCACUGUUGUUUGCAAAGUGCUAAGGUCAGCCUACAGCAUCAACCUAUACAGCGGUAUGCUCCUCCUGGCGUGCAUCAGUGGUGAUCGAUACAUCGCCAUCGUCCAGGCCAGACGCUCUUUUGGGGCCCGCUCCAGUGCCCUCAUCUACAGCCGCAUCAUCUGCACUGCUGUGUGGGGUUGUGCAACUGCUUUAACACUGCCCACGCUUAUAUACACAGACCGCUACGAAGAGGCAAGUCUGGAUUCGGUGACCAUUCAUGUAAUGUGUGAACUGGUUUUCAGCAAAGACGAGACGGCAAAGUUAAUCAAAAAACUGGUUCCCUGCCUACAAAUGGCUAUUGGUUUCCUGCUGCCCCUUGCGGUGAUGCUGCUGUGCUAUUCCCGCAUCAUGUGUACGUUAAUUCGAGCGCAGAGUAGUCAGAGGCACAAGGCUAUCCGUGUGGUCUUGGCUGUGAUGGUGGUCUUCAUUGGGUGCCACCUCCCCUACAACGUGACUCUGCUCAACCAGACGCUUGCUCUGUUUAAGCAGAGAGGUUGUCAGGGAGAAAGAUUCACUCUCAAAGUUCUGGCUAUUACUAAAAGCAUUGCCUAUCUACACUGCUGUCUCAACCCCAUCCUCUAUGCGUUCAUUGGGUCCAAAUUUAGGAGCCACUUCAGGCAAAUAGUCAUUGAUCUGUGGUGCUUCAGUAGGAAGUAUAUCUAUCCGGCCCGCUCUUCACGUGGCACGUCGGAUGUCUGCAUCUCAGGCUUGAAGUCUUCAAAUGGCUCCAACAAUAACUCCUCAUUUAGUGCGUAAUAUCUCAAUGAACAAAAUGCUAGAAACUUUGUUAUGGUCUAGCUUUAGCAUCUUUAUGUGGCAGUGAAGGCAACACAGUAGUUUGAUACAAACAAGUUUUACACAAAGAGGCAAUUAAUGAUAUAAAUUUAAAAAUCUCAACAUGUUUGUUUACAGUGUAAAAUUUGGAUUUGUUGCCUAUACCUAUAUUUACUGUACUUUUUAAACCUCAUUCUGUUUCUGUAAAUAUAACUUAAACCUGUUUUGGAUUAAUGUACCUUCA